CGCCUAUGAUUAACCUGUCACAGAACGGGUAUAAAAGCACUCAGUCUUCUUCCAUUCCUUCAGCAACUUCUCACCAUCAGGCACUUGCUCUUGAUCUCCAGUUGACUAGAUUCAUCCCCAUCACUCAACAUGUCUGGUUGCUGGUCAUAUUGUGAACCUACUUGCGCCAUUCCAUCCUGUGCCUCCACUCCGACAAUUGGCCUUGGGCCAUGUGGAGUUGGCAGCUAUGGAGGCGGCUAUGGAGGCGGCAUCGGUAGCGGCUAUGCAGGCGGCAUUGGUAGCUGCUAUGGAGGCAGCUUUGGUGGUGGUAGACUUGUUGGAGGUGGCGGUGUGCCAGCAAGCAGUCUUGGAAUAUAUCCUGGGGCCAACGUUGGACCUAUCAGCCAGGUCCCACCAUCAGAGGUCGUGAUCCAGCCACCUUCCUUCACUGUGACUGUCCCAGGACCCAUCCUCUCUGCUAGCUGUGACCCAGUGUCUGUUGGAGGCUACACUCCAUGUGCUGAUGGAUAUUAUGGUCCAGGCUAUCCUCCUUACAGAGGAUACCUUGGGGGUGGCUACAAAGGUUCUGGCUGGUCAAAACGUGCCUGUGGAUAUCCCUGUUAAACCCAGGAAGACUAGAGCCAGUCACGUUUUUGGACACGUGAUAGAGGUUAUGGACCAUUACUUACUCUAUGUUGGGCAUAGUCAAUUAUGGUGCUACCCAAAUGUUGUCAAGCUACAACUUCCAUCAUCCUGACCACUGACCCUGCUAGAUUGGGCUGAUGGGGAGUCCAACAACCUCUGGAGGGCACCAUGUUGGCUAGCCCUGCUCUAUGCUUACUCUAAGAUGUAUAUUUGCUUUUCUUUAUCCCCUUAUACCUGUGCAAUUGCCUUUGCUGACAACAUGAGUCUUCUUGUUCCCUGUGCAGGAACGUUCAUACUUCUCUUUAAAUACAAGGAUGGUGGUGAGCAAUUCAGUGUCAUUCAUAAUUGCUGGUUUUGUUGCACUGGAAUUUCAUUCAACUUUAACCGAGUGCGGAUCCUUGUGGUUUAGUUCUUCCACCUUUCCAAUAAAUCUUUUCUUGCAUCAAAAUCUCUGCCUCUUGGAUUCUUUUUGGAGGAAGGGUCUGUCGCUCAGUGGUAGAGUACAUGCUUGGCAUGAAGAAGUUCUGAGGUUCAAUCUCCAACAUCCUCAGUUACACAAGUAGCACAGGAGUGGGGAAUUUUGGCUCCCAUCAACUCCAGCAAGCAUGGUCAAUGGCCAGAGAUGAUGAUAGGAGCUGUUCUUCAGAAGAUCAGGAGGGAUAAAGGUAGUCCACACCUAGUGAUCCUACCUAAGAGCCUUUAGAGCCACUGCAAGUCAUUCUACACCACACAUGGAAUACCAUUUUAUAGGUGGAGAAAACUGAGGCUAAGAUUUGUACAUGAUAACCUGGUGAGCCUACAAAACUGAACACAUCCAUUGCCCUAGUGAAGCAUUUGCUUGCAUUCUAAAUCCCUACUAAUAAUCUGUCUGAAUGGGAGUUAUUGCUUUUUAUUUCGGUUUCUGAUUUGUCAAUUGCCCCUCAGCAAAGCUUCCAAAGUGUUUUUUUUUUACAGAAACAAGAUGAAUUCAAAAACAAAUAAUCUAAAAUAAUAUUUAAGUGGGGUUUAAAUUGAAAUACACGUACAAAGCACAUGACCCCUUCCUCAGUCACUUUAUAAAACUCACCAUCUUCUCAGAGAAAGGAACAGGACAGCAGAAGUUGUAUCUAGCUGUCUAGGGGAAAAUAAUGAAGAAAAACAUUUCUUAUGUAUUUCAUUUUAUUUAGACAAUUUAUGUACUGGCAUUUGAUCUAGCUACAGGGUGGUUUCUUACAAACUCAAGUAAGAGAAAGAGAAUUCACAACAUGCAUAACACCAUCCUUAAAAUACACAAGGCAACAACUCCUGGCAACUCAACAGAUAGCAGCUAGGGGAAGGGUCGUACCUCAGUGGUAGAGCAUCUGCCUCACAUGCAGAAAGUCCCAGUCUCAGUUCCUGGUAUCUCCAGCUAGGGCUGGGAGGGAUCCCUUGUCUGAAACCCUAGAGGGUCCCUGCCAGUCAGUGUAGACAAUGCUGAGCUAGAUGGACCACUGGCUCUGACUCAGGACAAGUCACCUUCCGAUAUUCCUAAAGGCCGAUUGAAUUCAUCCCAAGUGUGAAGUAGGUGAACAUGUGGGAUGAUAAGGCAGCAGCUGUAACUAACCCAUUUAUCUAACCAGGUCUUUCCUCCUCCAAAAAUUCAUCAAAAAAUGUGCCAGCUGCCCAGUACUGUAAAGACUUGAAGCUGGAUGCACCUCUGCAGGAAAAGUGUUCCAUACUCGAGGAUCACCAGUGAAAAAAGACCUGCUGGACCCCAUGCAAUUUAUCUAGCGUAGAGGCCAUCGAGAGAGCCUCAGCGGCUGAUUUUAUUGGGCAGGUCUGUUGUUACAGUAGAAGUUGUUGUUCUUCCAUAUAGUAAGACGUGGUGUGCUGGAUGAAGCUAGUCCAGCAUCCUGUUAUCACACAGGGCAACCAGAUGCCUGCAGGAAGUUCUCACUCAGGACUCUAGAUCAAAAGUCGUCCCCAAUGUCAUAUCCCAGUAACAGAAUUCAGAGGCAUGCUUACUAUGACUAGGAACAAUUGAUAGGCUAAUCCCCCAUGAAAUUACUUAAUCCUUUUGUAAAGUUGUCUAAAUUGUCUGCCCUAUUUUUUAUAGACAAUUUUAUUUAUGUACUAUAUUUUCUACAAAAAUGUCUGUCCUCAGAGUGGUCACAGUGGAAGCAAUUAAACCAGAAGUGAAGAGCUGAUGACCCUCUAGGUGAGAAGGGCCAUAGCUCAGGGGAAGGACCAUUGCUCAGUGGUAGAUCAUCUGAUUUGCCUGCAGAAGGUCUCAGGUUCAACCAGAAAAUUUCAAUUGAAGCUUGGGAUAGAACCUUGUCUGAAACCAUGGGAAGUUGCUGCUAGUCAGUACAGACAAUACUAAGCUGGAUCGACCAAUGAUCUGAAUAAGCUACCUAUGUUCCUGUAUAUUGUUGGACUACCACUCUCAUAUAAAGAUGGAGAGAUUAGAUUCAGUUUGUAUUUAAAGCUGAAUCAACCAAAUCUGUACUUUCCAAAACAAUAUGAGAACUGAAACUCAGCCAUCCUUUGAAAUUCACCUUUAUCCGCAUGUUGGGAUGCAGGUCUCCAAACAAUGUUUACAAAAAUGCACGUAUUAAGGAGGGAAUGUGCAUUCAAAUGAAUAUAUUAGUGAAAAUAACAUGCAAUAAUGCAUUUUAAGAAACGUUCUUGCAGAAACAUCAUAAAACAUGUUUAUUGGGAGAAAUCCAUACUAAAGAUACGUUCAUGAGCAAACUGGCCGGUCGAAAUGCUUCUGUGGAUAUCCCUGUUAAACCCAGGAAGACUAGAGCCAGUCACAUUUUUGAAAACCAUGAUAUGGUCACUUGACAAAUGUUAUGGACCAUUCCUUCAGAAAUGCUGAGCACCUGCAGUUCCAACAAAUGGUUGUGACAAUGGGGGGUGCUCAGCAUCUCUGAAGAUGAGAUUUAUCUGUGACUUACACUGUGGGUGGGCAUAGCCAAUUAUGAUGCUCUCCAAAUGUUGUUGAGCUACAACUUCCAUUAUCCCUGACCACUGCAGUCCUGGUAGCUGGAGCUGAUGAGAGUUGGAGUCCAACAACCACUGGAGGGCACCAUGCUGGCUAGCCCUGCACUAUGCUUCUCCUGAGAUGUAUAUUUACUUUUCUUUGUGAAGUUCUUUCCUUACACCUGUGCAAUUGCCUUUGCUAAAACCAUGAGUCCCUACUUCUCUGUAAAUACAAUGAUUAUGGUGAGCAAUUCAGUGUCAUUCAUAAUUGUUGGUUUUGUUGCAUCGAAAUGUCAUUCAGCUUGAACUGAGUGUGGAUCCUUGUGGUUUAGUUCUUUCACCUUUCCAAUAAACCUUUUCUUGCAUCAGAA